AUGCGACUAUUAUUGCAACUUGGCUUCUUCUUCUAUUUCUCCAUCGCAUCUUUCACGAGAGGAGCGAAGGCGCAAACGUUGCUACAGGCGUGCCCGCUCGAUAUCGAGCGCCUCGAUUUCACAGGCAUCAACGAAACUUGCAGCGAUCCGAACGACCGAAAUCUCUGCACCAGUUGCCCGUUAACCAUCGUACAGAAAAUAGUCGACGGCGGCUACUCCGUCGAGGAAAUCAACGCGCUGCCCAUCGAGCGAUGUUUAUUGGAAAAUCUUCCACAAUUGUUAGAAAACGGAGCAACACUGCUCGCUUUCAUUGCGCUUCAAAGCUGCGAUUUUACCUCCGGCAACUUGGCCACAGACAUUCUGAAUAACGUCACGUUCCCGCCUCCAUUUCCAGGAUUACCCACGGAAUGGUUACGAAACGAAACGAUGCCUUCGUUAUCGCCUUCAUCUUCCUCCUCGCCCGACGACGGUGGUGGUGACGACCAACAAGACGACGCUUCAGUUGUUGCGAAAACAAACGGACCUCCUUCUUCAGAAGAAGGAGGAAAAGAAGAGGAGGAAAAACUCUCGUCGCCGUCGUCGUCUGCGAGUUCUUCUUCGACGCGCCGAGUGCUCGUCUCCUGCGUCGUUUCCGUCCUCGUCCUUCUCGCCACGACAACGAUGACUUAA